UGCACAUUCAAUUGGUCUCAGUUCUUUAGAAACGUGAGUGAACGGGAAAGAUUUAUUUCCUCGUUUUGAAUUUAGUUUCGCUGUUUUCUCCGUCGUCAUGGGUGCGUGUAUGGCCUUGUGCUCUCUGGCGAGCUGCGCAUCAUGUCUGUGUGGCUCUGCUCCCUGUAUUUUAUCCGGAUGCUGCCCGUCAACAUUCAACUCCACAGUCACCCGUCUUGCCUUCUCCUUCCUCCUACUGCUGGGCACAAUAGUUUCCAUCAUCAUGAUUCUGCCUGGCAUGGAGACACAGCUAAAAAAGAUUCCAGGUUUCUGUGAAGGAGGUUCAUCUAUUCCUGGCAUCGAGGGGAAGGUGAACUGUGAGGUCAUUGUUGGAUAUAAAUCGGUCUACAGAAUGUGUUUUGCCAUGGCCUGUUUCUUCUUCCUGUUCUCCAUCAUAAUGAUCCGUGUGAGAAGCAGCAGAGAUCCACGAGCUGCAAUUCAAAACGGUUUCUGGUUCUUCAAGUUCUUGAUACUGGUUGCUCUUACUGUGGGAGCUUUCUUCAUUCCAGAUGGAACAUUCAAUUCAGUGUGGUACUACUUCGGUGUGGUUGGGUCUUUCAUCUUCAUCCUGAUCCAGCUCAUUCUGCUGGUGGACUUCGCUCACACCUGGAACCAGAAGUGGGUGGUGAAUGCAGAGAAUGGAAACAGUAAAUGUUGGUAUGCAGCCCUGCUCUCUUUCACGUUUGUGCACUAUGUCUGUGCCUUUGCUGCUGUGGUUUUGUUCUACAUAUUUUAUACACAGCCGGAUGACUGCACUGAGCACAAGGUCUUCAUCAGUCUAAACCUCAUCUUCUGCAUCAUCAUCUCAGUGGUGGCCAUACUCCCUAAAGUGCAGGAAGCUCAGCCGAGCUCUGGUCUGCUGCAGGCAUCUCUCAUCUCUCUCUACACGAUGUAUCUCACAUGGUCUGCUAUGAGUAACAACCCUAACCAUAAAUGUAACCCCAGUCUGUUGAGUCUGGUCAACGGUGGGCCAACCGCCCCCACUCCCACUAGUGCCCCCGGUAUCCAUACUCAGUGGUGGGAUGCCCAGAGCAUUGUGGGGUUGGUUAUCUUCCUCCUGUGCACUCUGUAUGCCAGUAUCCGCUCCUCUAACAACUCUCAGGUGAAUAAGCUCAUGCAGACAGAGGAAGUUCAGGGUCUGGCUGCUGACACCAGCGACGGUUUCUCUGAGGAUGGUUUGAGGCGAGCGGUGGAUAAUGAAGAAGAUGGAGUGACAUACAGCUACUCGUUCUUCCAUUUCUCUCUCUUCCUUGCCUCCCUCUACAUCAUGAUGACCCUGACCAACUGGUACCAACCUGAAACUGACUAUGCUGCCAUGAAAACUAGUAUGCCAUCAGUGUGGGUGAAGAUCUGCUCAAGCUGGAUUGGACUAGGGCUGUACCUCUGGACUCUUGUGGCUCCACUUAUCCUGUCCAACCGAGACUUCAACUAAACGCCCAUGAGUGGCCUCCACGAGUGGCCUUAUACUGAAUGAAGCAACAAAAGUUUCAGUCAUACACAGAUCUUAUUCAUAAAGUAUAUUACAGAGGUUAUUUUUAUUCUUUGAGAUGUUCUGAGAUGUUGAACUAUGCACACUUCAUUCUUCACAAGACACUUUUCAUAUAUUUUUCAUUUUGUUACAUAAUCUUAAACUCUGAACUGACAUCACUGACUCUACAAGCGCCUUUAAUAUACAAUGUAAUGAGUUCGAAAAUUACGUAUAUUUAGGGAACUUUGUGUAAUUCUUUCUUUUUUAAAUCCUUUGGUAUUCUUUGGGAAUUGGUUUGUAUACUUUAAUACUUUAAUGUGCUGACAUCAUACAUGUUAAGUUAAUGUCAGUUUCUGGAUAUUUUAUGGGCUUUAAAUACUGCCUCUGGUCCAGUUCUGUUACAAAUUGCACUAUGAUUGAUCAAAUCAAUAUUGAUUGUUCAAUGGAAAUGAAUGAUGAUUGCCUUAUAUGUAUCAUCAAUAUCUUUAUUUAGAUAAAAAUAGAACUGUAUAGAUUUUCAGUUUUGAAGCUUUAUUUUAUUCACUUUACUACAACACUCCUCCAGACCAAAAAAUACAUGUUUUAGUUUUAUCUGUUAGCAUCAGAAAAUGAUAAUCUUUUCUAUUUGUACUUUUAAUAAUUCU